CAGCAGAACAGGUCAACAAAUCUUUCAUGGAGCGCGCGUGCCCCCCUCGUGCGCUCCCACCUGGAGACUUGUUCCAUGCCGCAGUCUGUGGAGAUACCCAAUGGCUGUGUUUAAGUCUGGAGAGAAUGCAUGCACCAGGCCAGCAGCAGAACAGACAGGGUCUUACAGUGUUCCACGUGGCUGCUCAACAUGGUCAGCUAAAUUGCUUGAAAUUGCUCCUGGAAUCUUGUACUGGAGAUGUCAAUGCAAGCUGUCCACGUGGCAGGAGACCAUUACACAUGGUGCUGAGCCCAGAGAGCAAGCCAAACACUUACAGCUGCCUCACAUUUCUGCUGGAACAUGGAGCAGAGCCCAAUGUAUCAACAGAUGAAGGAUUGACCCCACUGCACAUGGCUGCAGCCGAAGGCCUGAAAGAGUGUGUUGAAGAGCUGGUUAGAGUUGGUGCAGAUACCCAUGCACAUGAUAGCCGAGGACAUACACCAUUCGAACUGGCUUGUUUGUGGGGUCACAGGGUUGUUGCCAGGAUUCUUAAAAAUGCAAUGUGGCAUAGAGAUAAGAAGGAGGACAUGGAGAAACACCAAGAACUGCAGAAUCUCAAACAGAAUAUGAUCAGAAUGCACAGAAAAGCAGAAGGAACACAGAAGUUAUCCAGAGAGGCAAUUAACAAAGAGAAAGUGUCCACGUGGGCUGAGAGGAAGGGUCUUCCCUUUCUCAGGUCUCCUACAAUGGGCAUGUGGACAAUAAGCCAUCAAUGCUGCCAUUCUACCAAGCCUGUCAAAAAACAGCAUGCAAGCAAAUCAAGAGAAAUAUGGAACAUCUCAUCAAACCCAUCAAGACCUCCUCCAGCAAACAUCAGCAGAUCUGAGACAGUAAGAAUCGGUGUCCAUCCAGAGGAAGUAGAUGAGCCUGAUCUAAGCCAGAGUGUGACUCUCCAUUGUUUCAGAAAUGGGCAGGUCUGUUGCACUGCAUCAUGGAAUAAUAUUCCACAGCCAGUACCUGACCUGCCACUGGAUGUCAUUCAGAAAUGCCUGUUUCCAUCCAAAUUUCAAUCUCGAAUUUCUGGUACACUUCAGCUCCAGUCCAACAGUGUGCUGGAUUUACCUCAUCGGGGAGGUACUCAUGGAACGGAGGCUUCUCCAUGGACCGAAGUGGCAAUGCAUCUGGCUGAGGAGCUCCAGCCUGGCCAUUACUGAACACUACAGUUACUGCACUGACUGAACAGAGCUGAGGUGGUCAAUCCACAUAAAGGAAAAACUAUAUGAAAUACUACAUACUUAGUCCUUUUAGUCAUUCAAUAAAUACAGAACAUGAACAAAAAUAAUAAAAGUUUAUUGCAAAGAAAAAAAAUGUUGUUGGUACCUUUGAUAGAUUUGUAAUAUAAUUUAAAUAAUCUAUAAUUAUUUAAAGUUUUUUUUCCUCCUUAAUAUGUCAAAUGCAUCUUUUUAGUGAAUUUAGCCAAAUGUUUGAACUAAAAAUUGCAAAGUUCUUGUGCCUGUGAGAAAUAUUCCAAUUAUAGUCUAAUUAAAAUUGAAAUGCAUGCAUAAUCCAGUAAAAAGCUUUGAGUGUUAACAGAUGACCAUUAUUCACCAUACUCUACAAGUCAUUUGUAUGCUUUGAGAUAACUGUGCUGUUAGGUGUCAGAGUUUUUCAAUAAAUCUACCCCCUCUUUCAACACCAUAUUCUGUCCAGGCAUUAGUAAUCAGCGUAUGAUUUGAAUUAGGGGCCAAUUUGCAUUGUGUAUCAGUAAUCAACUGUGUACAAUUAAGACUGUCAUAUGUACAAGUGUUAACAAUGUGGCUUAAUAAACACCAUUUUUUCAUGGGUUUUUCA